CUAGUCAUGCAGCUGACCCAGCUGUCCCAGCAGGUCGUGCAGAUGACCCACAACACCCAGCAGGUCGUGCAGCUGACCCAACUCUCCCAGCUAGUCAUGCAGCUGACCCAGCUGUCCCAGCAGGUCGUGCAGAUGACCCACAACACCCAGCAGGUCAUGCAGCUGACCCAGCUCUCCCAGCUGGUCGUGCAGCUGACCCACCUCUCCCAGCAGGUCGUGCAGAUGACCCACAACACCCAGCAGGUCGUGCAGCUGACCCACCUCACCCAGCUGGUCGUGCAGCUGACCCACCUCACCCAGCUGGUCGUGCAGCUGACCCACCUCACCCAGCUGGUCGUGCAGCUGAGCCACCACACCCAGCAGGUCGUGCAGCUGACCCACCUCUCCCAGCCGGUCGUGCAGCUGACCCACCUCUCCCGGCAGGUCGCGCAGCUGACCCACCUCUCCCAGCAGGUCGUGCAGCUGACCCACCUCUCCCGGCAGGUCGUGCAGCUGACCCACCAUACCCAUCAGGUCGUGCAGCUGACCCAUCUCUCCCAGCAGGUCGUGCAGCUGACCCACAACACCCAGCAGGUCGUGCAGCUGACCCACCUCUCCCAGCAGGUCAUGCAGCUGACCCACAACACCCAGCAGGUCGUGCAGCUGACCCAUCUCUCCCAGCAGGUCGUGCAGCUGACCCACAACACCCAGCAGGUCGUGCAGCUGACCCAUCUCUCCCAGCAGGUCGUGCAGCUGACCCACAACACCCAGCAGGUCGUGCAGCUGACCCAUCUCUCCCAGCAGGUCGUGCAGCUAACCCACAACACCCAACAGGUCGUGCAGCUGACCCACCUCUCCCAGCAGGUCGUGCAGCUGACCCACAACACCCAGCUGGUCGUUCAGCUGACCCACCUCUCCCAGCAGGUCGUGCAGCUGACCCACCUCUCCCGGCAGGUCGUGCAGCUGACCCACCACACCCAUCAGGUCGCGCAGCUGACCCACCUCUCCCAGCAGGUCGUGCAGCUGACCCAUCUCUCCCAGCAGGUCGUGCAGCUAACCCACAACACCCAACAGGUCGUGCAGCUGACCCACCUCUCCCAGCAGGUCGUGCAGCUGACCCACCUCUCCCAGCAGGUCGUGCAGCUGACCCACCUCUCCCAGCAGGUCGUGCAGCUGACCCACCUCUCCCAGCAGGUCGUGCAGCUGACCCUCUACUCGCCGUGUGA